CAGCCUACUGUUCACUGUACCGGUGGAAGCGGAGCAGCAGGGAAGCGCGUGAGGAGGGACGCGGGGAGACGCCGCUCAGUGCCGCAACUAUAGUCAAGCUCUGCAGGUAGACUCUUAUCGCGUACAGACAUCGCAAACACUUCGACUUUUAAAGCUUCCGUGUUUCAAAAUGGCUGACCCCGUGCAAGUGAGUAGCGACGGAGAAGGGGGCCAGCGCACGAGAGGGUUCGCUAGGCAAGGCGCCCUCAGGCAGAAGAACGUGCACGAGGUGAAAAACCAUAAGUUCAUCGCGCGCUUCUUCAAGCAGCCAACUUUCUGCAGCCACUGCACGGACUUCAUCUGGGGAUUCGGUAAGCAGGGAUUUCAGUGUCAAGUCUGCUGCUUCGUGGUUCACAAGCGCUGCCAUGAGUUUGUCACCUUCUCCUGUCCCGGGGCGGACAAGGGACCUGCAUCAGAUGACCCGCGGAGUAAGCACAAGUUCAAGGUGCACACCUACUCCAGCCCGACCUUCUGCGAUCACUGCGGCUCGUUGCUGUACGGCCUCAUUCACCAGGGGAUGAGAUGCGACCACUGCAUGAUGAACAUUCACAAGCGCUGUGUGGCCAACGUGCCCAGCCUGUGUGGGACUGACCACACAGAGAGGAGGGGCCGCAUCUACAUCACCGCCGAGAUCAAGAACAACCAACUGAGCGUGUGCAUCAAAGAGGCAAAGAACCUGGUGCCUAUGGACCCCAAUGGCUUGUCGGACCCUUACGUCAAGCUGAAACUCAUUCCUGACCCUAAGAGCGAGAGUAAACAGAAGACCAAAACCAUCAAAUGUAACCUGAAUCCAGUGUGGAACGAGUCCUUUAAAUUCAAUCUGAAGGAAUCAGACAAGGACCGAAGGCUCUCUGUAGAGAUCUGGGACUGGGAUCUGACCAGCCGGAAUGACUUCAUGGGCUCGCUGUCCUUCGGGAUCUCGGAGCUGCAGAAGUUAGGAGUGGAUGGCUGGUUCAAGUUGCUCAGUCAGGAGGAAGGGGAGUACUUCAAUGUCCCUGUCCCACCAGAGGGGGAGGAGGGCAAUGAAGAACUGAGGCAGAAGUUUGAGAGAGCCAAAAUUGGCCCGGGGACAAAGAAAACAGACGGCUCCUCCUCCAACGCCAUCUCCAAGUUCGACAACAACGGCAACCGGGAUCGCAUGAAACUGUCCGAUUUCAACUUCCUCAUGGUGCUGGGGAAGGGCAGUUUUGGGAAGGUGAUGUUGGCAGAGCGUAAGGGCACGGAGGAGCUCUACGCCAUAAAGAUCCUGAAGAAGGACGUGGUGAUCCAGGACGACGAUGUGGAGUGCACCAUGGUGGAGAAGAGGGUGCUGGCGCUGGCUGGCAAGCCGCCCUUCCUCACCCAGCUGCACUCCUGCUUCCAGACCAUGGACCGCCUUUACUUCGUGAUGGAGUAUAUCAACGGUGGAGACCUCAUGUACCAGAUCCAACAGGUCGGGAAAUUCAAGGAGCCACAUGCCGUGUUCUACUCUGCAGAGAUUGCCAUAGGCCUCUUCUUCCUGCACACGAAAGGCAUCAUUUACCGGGACCUGAAGCUGGAUAAUGUGAUGCUGGACUGCGAGGGCCACAUCAAGAUCGCCGACUUCGGCAUGUGCAAGGAGAACAUGUGGGACGCGGUGACCACCAAGACCUUCUGCGGCACACCCGAUUACAUCGCCCCAGAGAUCAUCGCUUACCAGCCGUAUGGAAAGUCAGUGGACUGGUGGGCCUUUGGCGUGCUUCUCUACGAAAUGCUGGCUGGACAGCCCCCAUUUGACGGGGAGGACGAGGACGAGCUGUUCCAGUCCAUCAUGGAGCACCACGUGUCCUACCCCAAGUCCAUGUCCAAGGAGGCGGUGGCCAUCUGCAAAGGGCUGAUGACUAAACAUCCCGCCAAACGGCUGGGCUGUGGCCCCGAGGGGGAGCGCGACAUCAAGGAGCACGGCUUCUUCCGCUACAUGGACUGGGAGAAGCUGGAGAACAAGGAGGUGCAGCCGCCGUUCAAACCAAAAGCAUGUGGCCGGGACGCCGAGAACUUUGACCGCUUUUUCACGCGCCACCCCCCGGUGCUCACCCCGCCCGACCAGGAGGUCAUCAUGAACCUCGACCAAGACGAAUUUGAGGGCUUUUCCUUUAUUAACCCUGAAUACCCCGCAAUGGAAGUCAAGAGUUAAGGACGUUACAAAAGCAACAACAAAAAAACAAGCAUGAGCUUUCAGUAGAAUUUGAAUGAUCAUCAUACCCAUUUAUAUAUGUACCACACUGCAAAUGGACAUGUAUAUACCAAAAAAAGACAAAAAAAGUAAGCAAAAAAGAUAACUUUUUUCACCUCCAGGUCUGAAUGUAUCAGUGACAAUCCCUCUCAACAAUGUCCCAGAUAUUGUGACUCCAAUUUGAACUUAACAGCAUUCCAUCGCAGAAAGUUACAAUCAGAAAUGUGAAGCAGAAGGAGUAAUGUUAUGAUUCCUGAAUGUACGUUACCCUCCUGGGGAAUGGUCUUAGGGGUUCUUUGACACCGUCCUGAUCUUUUUAUGGGGGUACAAAACACAUUCCUCGCCUCAUCAGCUCACAAUUCUAGCCUAUGCAAUGGUUAUUGCAUUGCCGUUCUUUUUUCUCAGAUUCCCAUCUUAGCAAAGCCAGCCAUCCAAUCCCAUGGCUAUCCCAGACCAUGUGGCCCAGUGACUGAGUCAUGGCUGAAUUAACGACUCAGUUGAUUGCUAUUCUUUUGCUAUAUGUUUGAAUUUAAUUUUUCUUCGUUGUAUUAACAGAAGAUUGUUCCAGAAACAAACCAGAUACGUAACAAAAUAGAUAAAAAGAACUUGAAGUUGUUUUGCAUGAGCUUAUUUUUUCUCUCUCCUAACCAGCACAGUUACACAGUUAGAUUGUACUAAUUAACUUUAGUAUUGCUGAUCCUUUUUUUGCUGAUUAUAUAUAUAUAUACACACAAGUGAUGAGAAACUAGUUUACAUGUUUUUGUUCGUUCUGUUCAAGCAUGAAAAAGAUAUGUUUACAAGAUGGCUCCAGUCCAGCAGUUUGUGUUCAGUCCAGCAGCUGUGCUUCUGUCCAAGUGUUCCUCUGUAUUGCUACCCCGGUUUAACCAUACACAUGCUGGCUCGGUAGCUCUGCCCUCUCCCCUGAAAGAGGCAGGACCACACGCACAAAUAAGACGUCAAAUGUAGUGCUCCCCUUUCCUAAAAAGCAUGAAAAGAGACCAUGGUUUUUUGGCUAUCCUCUGGUCCGAUUUGUGUUUCACUGUCAGCACAGUAUCCUGGUGAAGGGAAUAGUGUUGUGUUCCUGUGAUAUAUCCCUUUCCCAUUGUAUGGCUGGAUUUAGACUGGCUCGUUAUACCCCUUUUCCACUGUAGAGUUGGAACGAGGCUGGCUUAUCAUAUCCCUUUUCCACUGUAGAGCUGGAACUAGGCUGACCAAUUAUAUCCUUUUUCUGCUGUGGUUUUGGAGCAAGACUGGAUCACUGUAGAGCUUUAACCAGGCUGACUCAUUAUAUUUCUUUUCCAUUGUAGAUCUGGAGCUAUUCUAACCCACUACACCAAUUCCCCACUGUAAAGCUGGAGCCAGGCUGGCUUGUUUAGUGUAGGGACUUGGUUGUUUUGCCCUGUUUUUGUUGUGUUUUUCGAUCAUGUCCACUCAGCCCUGCGGCAUUAUUAGUCCUGAUUGGUUGCUGGCUUACUUCCAAGUGAGCUGUGGGUGGAGUCAUGCAGACUGCAUAACUGUGUUGCUUCCGCUGGCAUCAGUUCAGAAAUAAGGGAGAUAAAGAGGGAGGGAGGAAAGGAGACCACAUGGUACCACUGCUGAUCAUAGCAAGCAACCAGAGGCAGAUGGAAGUAAUAUGGAGUAUAGUUCCCCUACCCCCCCUCAGUUCUGGAGCACAGAUGAAUUCCAACCAGCCAACUCAAUGUGGGCAGGCGCCAGCAUUCAUGUUGGCAAUGGUUACUGCAGCUCUGGUUGUGGGUCAUGUAGAAUAAAGCCAUUCCAGUCAAAUCAUUCUGCACCAGAUCAGCCAGCUUCUGGGUGUGGCUCAUAUUAAUUCCAGUAUUCCUGUAGUAGUGGGAAACAGACGAGCCGGGGUGAAGUCCAGUGGCCGGUGGGGUCAGGGCUCAGGGGUCGGGGGGAAGGGAGAAGGGUGCCAUAUGAGAGGGUCAGAGCAAGUAGGGGAGAGAGAUUGGGUGUGUGAAAUGAGGAAAGCAAGGCAAGGUCUGAAAGAGAGUGGGGGAAGAAGAGAGAAGCAGAGAGGGGAUGCAUGUGAGAGACAGAGAGUCCCUUCAGUCUUCACCCUGUGCAGUGGCAGUGCAAAAUCAGGAAAUGCUUUAGUUCCCCCUCCUCUGAAAGGCACCAGGUGCUAGUGAUAGCUAGCUAUCAGUGCUUGAAGAGUUUGCUGCUCUCACCUGCAAUAGGAAGGGAUUAGCCCUCCCCUGUAACAAUGCUGUCUGCAUCAGAAUGCAGAGGUAUGGUUUAAAAAAAAAAAGUUUGCAUUAGCAUGUUUGACCGAAAGUGCGUACACCAAUCAUGAGGAAAAUUACUCAUAAUGCAUUUUUUUAAAGAAUGGUUACGCAAAUAUUGUCAGUUAAUUAUAAUAAUUUACUGUGGCAAAUUGAACCCACGUGAUGUUCUGCGUGUCCCUCCUUCAUGUCAAAAACCACAAGGGGCAGGAAUCCAUCUUAAAAAUCGCCGGGAAAAGGUUAUGCAUAAUUUAGAAUACCAGUCACGAAUGGGAAACAAACAAAUAAAUAAACAAGCGCUGCUCUCCACUACGGCGCGGCGCGGUUGGUAUGUAGGACUGCUCUCCUCGUCCAAAAUGCCAUUCCGUUUUUUUUCUUUCUUUUUUUCCGUGGCCGUGGCUAAUCUGUGGGAAUGGCUUUGUGGUGCAGAUGACGGUUCAGACCUGUAGCUUCUUGAGUUACCUUGCAGGCAGUGGAACAGCAGUCACCACCCUUCAAGAAACGGAUUUCUCGGGGUAUGACUGGAAAUCUCUGCGCGUCUUUAAAAACUGCAGGAAUGGCUUCUGUCUGAGAACCGCUCAGUAGCGGAUGUCAGUAAUCCCCGCGAACUAGCAAUUCACAUCUCUGUUACUGUGUUGGACAAAGGGGGGCGAACAGUUCCUGGAAGUCCACGUGUACGCUUUUUUUGUUUGUUUGUUUUUGCUCCUGCUUCAGCUCUUAAUUGCCUAAUUGCCCAAUUAGCCUAAUAAUUGACUCAUCUUAACCUAUUUUUCACAGUCGUAUGAAUAGUAAAUCGGAGCCAAAGACUGUGCUUGAGCAUCCCGGAAUAUUUUAUCCCAGUGUACUCGGAAAAUAAAGAUAGCCUAAAUCUACAGUGCUAAUCGAUAAAACCAAUUAAUCUAUAAGUAAUUGGUUGGACCAAUUAACCAUUAACAUGGUAGCUCGGAACAAAAAAAAAUGACAUACAUACAACCCCUGUCAUAGGAUUUCAAGGAAGCGACAACCCACAAACUGAAAAUCUCUUUUAAGGAUCCACUGACAGAUAACUUUAACACUGACAGAUAGGUUUAUGUAAUUGAACCCUAUUACGAUGUGUAACUGUAAGUGUUAUCUAAAUUACAAAAGCAAUUGUUUCUAAUUUCUGCCAAAACUGGUGCAUAUUUUAUUACAGGGCUUAACAUUUUUGUAAAUGUCUUUAAAAAAAAGUGUCAAAAUGUGUUAGCAAAUUUACACCUGCAAACAAUGUGCUCAGUAUUGUAAAAAAUGAGAUGCUAAUACAUUAUUUGUGAGUGUUUUUUGUUUUCUAAACUGGUGAAGCAAUCCAGGUCGUGCUUUGACAUAAGGGGGAAAGCUUUGUGCAUGAAAUGUUAACUUCAGACUUAUCAUGUUAUGUUUGACCAUUAAUGCUUCAGUGAAUGCUUCAGGCUACUGUGUGGGCUUCGUACACUAUAUCUAAAAUACUUUUCAUGUGCCAAAGUAUUUUUCAUGAAGAAAGCUGUAUGAAUAAAACUUUGACAUGACUGGAGUUUCGAACUUUCCUUUGAAUGAUAGAGAGCAGGUACAUAAAGCAUUUUUUUUUCUGUUCUUGGUACCGUUUCUCACUAAAGACAAUCCUUUGCUGUAUUCGGAUAUGCGACCCUGCAAUCACAGCAGGAUUACUUGGAAACAGUAUUUGCAUUUUUGUUUAACUGACCAAGAAAAAUCAACUUAACCAAGCCAAUAUCGUUUAUGAAGGAGAGUAUAGGAACCCUAAAUAAGAUAACCUGGUUUAUAAGUGAAUGCAGAGCGAAUUACUCAGAAGUUAUCAGAGAAUAUUCGAAUAUAGGAGUAAUCGAAACGCG